UUUUGAUGAGUUAUACUAGUCAGAUGUUGUCACUUAUAUAUGAAAGUGGCCUCCGCCUAGAAGCAUAACGGUUAUAGGUAUUGGAUCUGUUCUAUUAUGAUUCUGGACCUUGUACCUUUACGGCGCAUUGUAACCAACUAUGAAAAUGAAAACUGCAUGAAAAUGUCUACUCCAAGGUUUUUUAGAAUUCCAAAAUAUUACCGAACGUUGGUGCUGGUUGUUUUAUUUAUGUGCUGCCUAGCGAUUGUUCGUAUGAACGUAAACUACAACAAUCACAGAGAAAUGCUAUGCAGGGCUCGAACAUUUUAUUCUACUUCGCAUUAUUACCCGGCGGCUGAGGUCCAGAAGCCACCGGAAUCAGCAGCAACUGCCACCUUGAUAACUUAUGAUGAUAUUGUUAAAGCGAGUAGCAGCAACGGUGGAUAUUUUUUAAAAGAACCGACGGUGCUGAGAAAACAAAGAUGUAUUGUUGAAGCUUGUACAGAUGGGGGUAGAAUGCACACCAAAAACGUCACCUGGACUAUGGUCUCUUUCAUAAAAUCAAAAGCAAACUCGUCCAACUAUAGGGACAUUCUCCGGCGUUCCUGGGCCGCUACGACCUACGUCGAUGGUGGGCGCUUUUUCUACAUUUUCGUGGUCGGGAAAAGCGAAAACAAAAGUGUCGAGCAUGACUUGGUUAAAGAACACGAAAGAUACGGCGAUAUACUACAGUAUAAUGGACCAGACGAUUAUCGGAAUAUCGCUUUAAAAACAUUAGCUGGGAUGAAGUGGGCAGAUGUUAAUUUGCCGAACUCUUUCUUGUACACGUCGAUGGACGAUGAUUUCCUGGUCGAUAUGGCCCGUUUAAAAAACGCAAUCGACAAUGGUAUUGGCUUGAAGCCAAAAAGCAAUUGGACAGAGUUACCUAUGAUGUGUAUGUACGUGAAGGGUUCCGGUGAAAAACCUGUGCGCGACUUGUAUGGAGAGUACGGUAAGUAUUUCAUUGACGAAAACACUUUUAAGUGGCAUGUACUUCCGGUGUACUGCCACGGCGGCAUGUACAUCAUGUCAACUACGAUAAUGAAGCAACUCCUCGCGGCAUCAAGGGACCAAGAACCGCUUUAUCUUGACGAUGUUUGGAUAACUGGAAUACUUCGAAAUAAAAUCGGAAUGCCUGAUGAAAUGGUGCUGGCGCCAGAAAAAGGAGUGACCACCCACUUUUUAGGGUUCAAAGGCGACAAGGAGCACAAAAAGGUCACAGUAACUGAUUAUAUAAAGCAAUGGAACGAAAUUAUUGAAGGUUACACGCACGUUUCAAUGUGUCAAUGCUUUAAAACCUAACCCCUGCUGACCGGUACGGUACGCCAUGCAGUUUGAGGGAUUUGUGAUCAAUUCAAAGCCACUGUUUCGUUUUGUUGCUUAUGGGUUCGCUUUGCAGCUUUCGGUGUGUAGUUCAUGUUAGACACGCUAGUCUGUAAGCGAAACCUGCACAUAAAACUCGAUAGAGAACUAGCGAAUCCGUCUAUUUAACCAUGAUGUGUUACAUGUAUAAUACCUGCUGUAUAGGCAACAACCUGUGCUAUUUUUCGUGCUGGAUUUGCUGCCUGGGCAUUGGAGCAAUUUUUAGGUUAUGAUGCAGUUUACACUACUUGCAUUUUUUUAUCUACUUGUGUUUAUCGCACUUUUGCAGUAUAUGAAUGUACGAAGUAUUUACGUAACAACAUAAUUAUACAUUUUCGUGCCUUUCCACUACGGCAGUAUAGCACUUCAACUAUUUCUUUUGCUGUGGUGUUUUCCGAAAGCCAUCCCCUUUAACUUAUUUAUGCACGAUUCCAAUGUUUUAGCAAAUCUGCUUUGUCUGUCCAAUAUCUUGCACCUGUCCUAUGGCUGUACAUGCUUCUGCACUAGCCACUACUUAAUGGAUUUGCACUAACAGCUAUGCAGCGCGCCUAAUCACGAAGCAACUAACACGAGCCAACUUAAUAUAAAAUUCUUUUUGGAAAGCCUGAUGCCUUCAUAAAUGAACUUUUAUAAAACAUAACCAUGGAGCGGCUUGGUACUGUGUUAGAGUUAGUUAUUUGCAAGUAGUACAUUGCUUAUCUUUGACCCACAUAGAUUUUGUUAGAACGUGUUCAUGUUUUAACUGACUUUUUUUUAUUGCUAACAUACCGAAUAUUAAAUGUACGUUUAUUUAAACUA